AUUUGAUAGAGUUGAUAGAGAAAGAUAAUGGAUUUGCUGUAGCUUUCCUAAGAACACAAGUAUGAGAUUGUGAAGAAGUUACAAGAGUGUUCAUGUGUGGAAUCGCUCACAUAGGAAUUGAUUUAGUUUAUGCUAUGGCUCUUCAUUGCCAUUUCCUCUUCAAUUAAUCGCCAGAUGUUUCAUUCAAUUUCAACAUUUCACCAUUUGUUCAAGAAAUAUCAGCAGUUACAAGAUUUCAAUCUAAUCAUGGAGUACAGAACCCUAGACCUCACACUCGUCUCCGCAAAGGGACUAACGAAGGCCGGCAAAUUGAACGUCUACGCCGUCGCAUCCAUCUCCGACUCCCGCAGCAAGCUUCAAAAGUUCAAAACCCGCAUUGAUAAACAUGGUGGUUCCGAUCCCACGUGGAAUUUCCCCAUGAAGUUCACCGUUAAUGAAGCCGUGGGCCUUCAGAACCGCCUGACGCUCGUAGUAAAGAUCAAGGGUGCGAAAAUGUUUUUGGAUAAGAAUUUGGGAGAAGUUCGUGUGCCGAUCAAAGAGCUUCUUGAAGGCGUAAAACCCGAAGGGAAGACAAUGCAGAAUGUGAGUUAUCAGGUGAGAGGACGGGAUGGUGAAGUAAAAGGGAUUCUAACUUUUUCCUAUAAAUUUGGGGAAAAAACUUCUGGUAAGCGUGUUAGAACCCGUUCCGUGGGUGGAGCGGGUGGAUAUUCUAGCUCUGGUAAUGGGGUUGGAAACGGUUUUAUUGGUGGGUUGCUAAUCAGUGAUGUUGCUAACAACAACGCUGCCUGCGGUGGUGGUGGUGGCUGUGGCGGGGGUGGCGGGGGUGGUGGUUGUGGCGGGGGUGGUGGCUGUGGUGGGGGUGGCGGCUGUGGCGGGGGUGGUGGUUGUGGCGGUUGCAGUUGA